AUGAAAACACUAUUUUUUGUGAAAGUUUAUGUCCUCUUAAUAACAAUUAGUAGAUCAGAACUAAUUUAUAGUAAUUUUUAUGGAGCUUUUACAUCAACAAGCUUUGAUUGGAAUAUUUACUAAAUGGAAUAUCAUAGUUAUUCUGUGGUAAAUUGUGGAUUAUCAAACAUAGUAAUUAUGAACCAAUGCUUAAACUACUAUUUUAAUGGUUUAACUUCAAAAACUUUUGAGCUUCCAUUACAUGAUUUAAUCAACCUGUCAUUUAAACUUUGGAUUAAAUCCUCUUAUUAAUAUAAAUUCUAUUUAUAUGUUGAUAACAACCUUUAACUACUUAUCUUAACUUCCCAACUCAGUCUUACAAACAAUUGUCCACCAUAUGGAUCAUAUUAAAUAUCACAAAAUAUUGUUCACUCAAGUUCUUCGGUUUAAAUUACUAUGGUCUCUAAUGAGAAUUAUUGGGGAUUUUCUGAAUUUAAUUUAAAUGUGGAAAAUACUACUCAAAAUCUUUGGGAAUUAGUUUAUUAAUCGUUUAAUAAAAAAGUUUUCUCCUCCAUAUCUUUAGAUGAUGGAUGGAUGACUAACAACAUAGUUUCCUAAUAAAUAUCAUCGUGUACAGGUUUCAAUUUUUUAAGAUCAUAAGGGGAUAAUCUUAUCAAAGAUUUUGCUUUGAAGCAUCAUAGUAUGAUUAGUUUUAACUUGAAAGUCUUGAUAUUCAAUUAUCCUACAUCAACAGCAAAAAUAAAAAUUGAUAACGAAUUGUACUAUCUUCAAUUAAAAUAUGAUAAAACUUCACCGUCAUAUAAGUUGAAAUAUCAGAUUUUGAACAUAAAAAUGAAAAUCUUAGAAUAGAGGUAUUAACUUAAACAGAUGGCUCUACUUCUUGGUUUGGAAUCAGAGAUUUUUCAUUAUUUACUGAUAUAUAUGAAGUUUAUUAAUGUAAAGACUUUAACAUUUAGCCAUUUGAUGGGUG